AUGUUCUGUGAGUACUACAGCUAUCGAGUGUCCAGCAGACCAAAGCUGCAUAAAGAGUUUCACCAAGUAUUAAAGCAGCUCCCCAAAGUCUACAACCCAGAAUCCAAGCAACAGUUUUAUAAACUGAUUGACAACUUUGGCACCCAUUACAUCACCAAGGUGAAGCUGGGAGGAAGUGUUCAAUCAGUGACCAGCAUCAGGCAGUGCCAGGCCAGCCUGCAGGGCCUCAGCUCGGAGGAGGUGCAGAUGUGCCUGGAAGCUGAGGCAUCCGUCACCAUCAAAGUGACAGUAAAAGCUGAAACAAAGCACUGCAAGAAGGACAUUGAGAAGACUGAAAGUAAGACAUCCUUCUCCAGCCUUUUCAGUGACAGGUUCACAGAAAUAAAGGGGGGCCACACCCCAGAGCCAGAUCUUCUAUUCUCUGCUGACAAAAAUCCAUCAGCCUACAAGGAGUGGCUGAACACACUGCCACAGAAUCCAGACGUGGUCUCAUAUUCACUGGACUCGCUGCAUGAAUUACUGCCUGUAAAUACCCCUGUCAGGAAGAACAUGCGCUUGGCCAUCAGCCAUUACAUCCUGGAAAAAGGCCUGUGGAAGAACUGUAGUGAGCCCUGUCAGGCCGGCAUCAAGAGCGACUCCAGAGAUUCCUGCGUCUGCCAAUGCCACAAUGACCCUGCUGUAAACCAAGACUGCUGCCCAACGCGCAAGGGCAUGGCACGGGUCAUCGUAACUGUACAACGGGCCGAGGGACUGUGG